GGGUUAAAAGGGACUCUAGGAUUGCCUAGUUUGGCCUGCUUAGGAUGUAGUCAUUUAUUUAGUCAACAGAUAAUGCCUGCUGUGUACCAAGCACUGUCCAACGCUUUGGAGAGAGAGUGGUGAAAUAGUCACAGAUGAGAAAACAGCCCAAAAAGGGUCAGUGACUUUUCCAACGUCACAGAGCUAUAAAAGCUGGAAAUCACUAAUCUCACAACAGAAGACCACAUAUUUUUUCUAAAGGCACAUGUUUUGUUUUGUUGCUAGUUAUUGUGCCUUCAGGUCUAUUCUGGUAUCUUAUCAUGGAUCUUUCAGAGUACAUUAUAUCACUUUUAACCACAUCCAUAUGAACAGCAAGUUUUCCUGUAUUUUGCAUUAAAAACUAUGUGUGAGUUUCUGAAGCUAUGUUCCCCUAGAGUGAGAUUUACGGCAUUUUAUGAAUUUAUGAGGAAGCAGGCUUACAUUAACUCCUUUUUCUAGUAUGGACUGUUCUCUAGAAUUUUAUCAGACAGGAAUAUCUUUAUUAGCAUAGAUUCUUAAGAUCUUGUCAAAAGAUAGGUUAUGCUACUGCAUUUGGAAUCAUUUAACUAGGACAGACAGUCAGGUGUCAGAAAAGGCUGUCCUGUGUCUGGUCCUGGUUUUACAAUAGCCGUGGGAUCUUGGGGUUAACCUCCAUUUCAGCUAAUCAUGGGAGAGAUUAAAGUCUCUCCUGAUUAUAACUGGUUUAGAAGUACAGUCCCCCUUAAAAAGGUUGGAAUUUACCGCAUACCACUGUCAGAGGUUACUGAGAUUUUGUUUACUACAAUCAUAGCAAAAAGAAACAGGAAAAGCAAAAAUAUUAUUGUGGAUGAUGACGACAGUAAGAUCUGGUCGCUCUACGAUGCAGGCCCCAGAAAUAUCAGGUGUCCUCUCAUAUUUCUCCCUCCCGUCAGCGGAACUGCUGAUGUAUUUUUCCGGCAGAUUUUGGCUUUGACUGGAUGGGGUUACCGGGUUAUAGCUUUGCAGUAUCCAGUUUAUUGGGACCAUCUUGAAUUCUGUGAUGGAUUCAGAAAACUUUUAGACCAUUUACAGUUGGAUAAAGUUCAUCUCUUUGGGGCUUCUUUGGGAGGCUUUUUGGCCCAGAAGUUUGCUGAAUACACUCACAAAUCUCCCAGAGUCCAUUCUCUCAUCCUCUGCAAUUCCUUCAGUGACACUUCUAUCUUUAACCAAACAUGGACUGCAAACAGCUUUUGGCUGAUGCCGUCAUUUAUGCUCAAAAAAAUAGUUCUUGGAAACUUUUCAUCUGGCCCAGUGGACCCUAUGAUGGCUGAUGCCAUUGAUUUCAUGGUGGACAGGCUGGAAAGUUUGGGGCAGAGUGAACUGGCUUCAAGACUUACCCUGAAUUGUCAAAAUUCUUAUGUGGAACCUCAUAAAAUUCGGGACAUCCCUGUAACCAUCAUGGACGUGUUUGACCAGAGUGCACUUUCAACUGAAGCUAAAGAAGAAAUGUACAAACUGUAUCCUAAUGCCCGGAGGGCUCACCUGAAAACAGGAGGCAAUUUCCCUUACCUGUGCAGAAGUGCAGAGGUGAAUCUCUAUGUACAGAUACAUUUGCUGCAAUUCCACGGAACCAAAUAUGCGGCCAUUGACCCAUCGAUGGUCAGUGCUGAGGAGCUCGAGGUGCAGAAAGGCAACCUUGGCAUCAGUCAGGAGGAGCAGUAGCUGUUAGAGUUGGCUCUUAGUGAUGAGUGAUCCAGUGUGUCCGUACAAUCAGUGACAUCAGUGCCCACCAGUCGGCCUCUCUCUUCGGUUUGUCAGGUUCACCGGUUAUCACUGUGUUUGGAACUAGGACUGAUUGAUUGUCAUCUUCGUGACAGGCGGCAGCUCUUCUAAGCCAGUGUAACUAUUCCCUCUUCAGUUUUUUUAGCUUUUGAACUUAACGAAGUACUUUUGAAGAUUCCCAUUUUAAGAAUUGUGAAAAUUUUGCUACCAAAAGUCUUCACCACUGUGUUGUUAAGUGAAUAUUAAUUUCUGAAUUGGGGGAUUCUGUGGAUUUUUUUCCUUUCCUUUCUGUUAUUUGCUGUAAAUGCUGCACAUCCACAUUGUGUAUCAGAAGGACAUUGGUUAUUUUUAUGCUUUCUUGGUUAUAACUUAUCAGAGUGCCAAGGCUGUCACCCACUGUUUGCUCUCCUGCAAAUGAACUACUUCUAAUUUCCAGUUAAGCAGAUUGUUUUCAGUUUGGGCUGUUGUCUUUAUACCCAUUACAGUCUUUGGAAUAAAAAUUCAAUUUGA